CGUUUUUUCCAAUUGGAUUCUGUCUCUUGCCGCGAACGGACGUUGCGAUAGCGAUACUUUUCCGCGGUGCGGGUGACGUGACAGUGCAAAAAUUAAUAAACCAACAGAAAUAACAACAAAAGGGGGGAGAGCAAAUAAAAACAGCAAAAUUAGCUGGAGGAGCAACAACAAAUUUGAUACACCUCUAUAUAUAUACGUGGUUUAAUAGUGAAACACACGCACACGCACGCACGUUGCUCGCUCGCCUGUACAUAUAUGUAUCCGAGUGUGUGUGUAUAUAGAGGCGGCUGGUAAAAUUCCACUGUGAAACGAAAGGAAGUUAUUGUUUUUGCGGCUGUGUACAUAUAUAUAUAUAUAUAUAUAUAUUAAUAAAACAAAUAGCAGUGUGUGUGUGCGUAAAGUUGCUAAAAGGCAGAAAACGUGUAAACAAAAAUUAAGCAAAAACCCGGGCAGCGCAAUCACGUUUUUCGACAUUAUUUGUUUUCUUCAUUGUUUUUUGUGGAUACCGCGAACGAGAGAGGGAAAUGCUCCAACAAGUGCACUUUAAUUGAAGCUCCAAAAAUAGAAGGAAUAAAAAAGCAGCAGCGGUAGAAGUAUUUAACGCGUUAUCGCUAUCGUUAUCGCACCCACACACACACACGCGCACCCAGUGAUAAGCGGAAAGAGUAAACAGGCGGUACACACACUUAUCAGCGUUUGCCACUCGCUCCAACAUAAAUAAACACCCCGCUGCUCGUAAUGUCAUUCUAAAAUUUUGAAAAUAAGUCCGGGACGUGAAAGAAGCGAAAAAAGUACCUAACUCAGCUUGGAGGAGGAAAGUGAUUCGCCGCACAGUGAAUUCGCCGCCGCCGUCGACUCGACAACCUGUUUGCUCGGCCCCCAAUUCGCCCCGGCAUUCCCCAUUCCCAGCCAUUCAACUCGCAAUUAUUUCUGCACUGACGUAAGGAGCAGCACUGCCACCAUUCCACCGCAACUGCAGCAAACCACGUCGACGCAGCAGCAGACGCAGCAAGCGGAGCAGUUGCAGCAGCGCAAAACGGCCACCCUGCCCAGGAGCGGAUCAGGAUCAGGAGGCUUCGAGGUCCAAGGAGGCGGAGGAGGAGGAGUGCGGAGCGGACCGGGGAGCAGGAGUCCCUCGCCCACAUCCACCAUGGAGCCCUAUUGGAACGAGUCCAACGGCCACGCCGCCCAUCCGGUGAAGUAUGAGAGCCAAGCGACCACAGCCCAAAGUCCGGCUGACGGAUGGAGACACACUGAUUGAUUGAUUGAUUUGGCCGAUCCAAAGCGAUUUCGAGUCGAACCGACAACACUUAAUCCUCUGUUCUCUCUCUCUGUUCCAUUGCAGCCUUAAGUUAUUUUUUGAUAUCGAAUAUGAAAUGAAAUAAAUGAGAAAACAAAGUAUACCAAAAACUAGUUUAAACGCAUUUAACUAUUAAUCCUAGACUAACUAGCCUAAGUUACUACUUCUAAGUCAGUCUAAGUUAUGCGCCUAAUAAAUGCAUUACUAAAACAAAUAAAAUUUGAAACAAACAAAAAUUACCAACUAAUUACGAAAAUCUGAAUGAAAAAAAAAAUACAAAAACAAAUAAUAUAAAACAUUUUUGAACAAGAUUUGGACUUAUCUGUGUUUCUUUAUCCUUCCCACUUCUUUUUGCAUAUCGAAACGAAUUAUAGCGAAGCAGCUGUCUCCAGUUUUCCUUAUUGCACAGAAUCUAGUUUAAAUUUUUCAACAUCAGCAACGGCAUACAGCGAGGACGAUGCUGAAUAUGCCACCGGAAGACGUAAUAAGACAUCGAGGCAAGAUCCUCUAUCCCACCGAAUUAUCGAGAAGCGGCGGCGAGAUCGCAUGAACUCCUGCCUGGCGGACCUCUCCCGCCUCAUCCCGCCGCAGUACCAGCGCAAGGGGCGUGGCCGCAUCGAGAAGACGGAGAUCAUCGAGAUGGCCAUCAGGCACCUGAAGCACCUGCAGAGCGAGUGCCAGCAGAAGGAGAGCGACUACAGGAGCGGCUACAUGGACUGCAUGAAGGAGGCGGCCAAGUUCCUCUACGACGUCCACAUGCAGGACUUCUGCCACCGCCUACUGGGUCGCCUGCAGGAGCACAUCGACGAGAUGUUCAAGACGGACUGCUACAAGUCGACGCGCAGCUGCCACAUGCCGGACAAUGUGAGCGCCUCCAGCGGCAGUCCCCACCAGGCGUACCACCCACCGCUGUGCCACCUGCGCGACAUGCUGGCCACCUCGGCCUCGGAUGUGGAGCACAGUCAGGAUCACAACGAUGUCAAGGAUCUGAGUUUCCGCAACCAUCUCAACCAGCUGCAACGGAGUCAGCAGGCGGCGGCAGCGGCAGCAGCAGCAGCAGCGGCCGCAGCAGCAGUUGCAGUGGCCAAUGGCAGUUCGCCGGCGUCCAGUGCUGGACUGGACUCCAAGGUCCCGCUGUCGAAUGGUGGUGGCGCCAAUGGUGGAGCAGCGCCCGCAGGUGACAAUGUGCCCAGUAAUUCCACGGGCAGUGGAGCUGCAGCGAUGGCGGGCGGAAACAGCAGCAACAGCAGUGGGAGCAACAGCAGCAAUGCGGCUAGUUCCACGACCUGUCCGCCGGCCGGAGGCAGCUGUCCGCCCAAGAUCACACCCCUGGCGGCCCACCAGCAGCCCCACCAGGCGCCGGUGAUCACGUCCACGGCCCCGCAUCAUCUGCAUCACCACCACACGGACAGCAGUCACCACGACUUUGAGUCCUCGCGCGAGCCGAUCCUGCACACCGACACCUCCAACAUGCACUCGCCCCCGCCGAGAGAUCUCCUUCUUCAGCAGCACCCCCACCUGGCCCACAGCCACACCCAGGACAGCCUCAUGUCCGUGCGGAUGCGCAACUAUUCGGAAUCCUCGCACGAGGUGGAGCACAACAACAACUACAAGUACAAGAACCACAUCAAGGAGCGGUUCGUCCACGAGCUGCACGACGAGGAGACGAGCAGCGAGCACUGUCCGGUGGCAGCCCAUCUGCAGAGCGACCACUCCCACUUGCAGGCCCUGUCGGAGCACUCGAAGGAUGGCACCGAACCGGAGAUAGCCCCCAUCAUGGCCAAGAAGCGGAAGCUGGCCGAGGCGGCGGCCAAUGGGGAGAUACCCCUGGAGGUGCACACCGAGUCGAGUAACGCGGGAGCGGGCAGUGCCUCCAGCCGACUGGACAAACCCUCGCCCUCGUUCAACUUCAGCGACAUCAAGGACAUCAAGUCGGAGUUGCACAACGGCAACUCUAAUUCCAGUCCCCUGUUGGCCAAACUGAGUGCGGCCGGUGGCCAGUUGAGCACUCCGAGCAGCACCACCGCACCACUGCCGCCGAGGCACUCCUUCACGGUGCCCAUAUUCGCGCUCCACGGCCAGGGGAACUACUAUGUGCCCCUGAAUGUGGACUACAAUGCGCUGGUGCCCUUCCUCAACGGCAUGGAUCUGCUGGAGAAGAGCUACACCAGCAUGCCGGUGGUGCAUCCCAUCAACAUCAAUGUGAACUUUAUGCCCAGUUCACCCUCGGCAUCGCUUUUGGCCGCCGCUGCAGCCGCCGCCGUGGCCGUUGGCAAGCAGCACCAACAACAGCAGCAGCAACAGGCUGUGGUGGCCGUCGGAGCGGGACUUCCCCUGUCCACCAACUCGGCGGCGGCUCAGGCAGCCGCUGUGGCCGCGGCGGCGGUGGCCAAGGCCAAAUUAGAGCAGGCAAUGAACCAGAGUUGGUAAAAAAUAUAUGAAAAAAGGGUGGCUACGGGUCGACAGAUGGAACAACUCUACCUCAGUACUUCUGUGAAUAAUCAUCAAAUGAUUAAUCUCAAAAUAAAAACACUAAGCGACAUCUGCGUCCCAGUAAACCUACAAAAAAAAGAAAAGAAACCGGCAAGGGAGAAGUAAAAAGCGAAUUCAUUGGGGGUGCUUCUAAAAUCUCUGGGGGUUUAAGCCAUAGCUUAAGGUGUCUUUAAUUUUAAUGUUGAGCAAGGGAACUAUCAAGUUUUGAAAUGAUAUAUCAAUUUUGUAAAAAAAAAAUAGUGGAAAGAUCAUUGUUAAAAUUUCAAAGUAGGAAGGAUAAGACUUUGUUAACAAAUGUUUACUAUAAUUUGUAGUAUUAAUCUUUUCCACCAAAACCAACACCAUACGGAACUCACUUUAUGUGUAUUAUUCUAAACCUUUUUUAAAGCGAUUCUAUUUCAAUUUUUGAAUAAAGAACAACUAAUUACUAUUGCUAAGUGGUUAGAUUAGAUAUCAAAACUAAGCCUUCGCAUACCAAUAUAGGCACCCAAAAAAACUAUUUUAAAUUCUCUGGAGAUUUCAAAAGUACAACGCUGUAUUUGUUUGAAUCGCAGAGACAGUCAGGAGCAGCCUCAAAGGCUGGGCACCUACUAGAGAGAAAAUUUCCAAUUGUUAGUUGUGGAGGAUAAAACAAUUAGAGUAGCUAUUGUUAAAUAUUUUGAACAAAGCAUAAAUGUCUAUUAUAGGGCGUGCAUUGAGUACUACAGAAACAUAUGUGUAUGUUGUGUGCAAGCCAAUAGAACGUAUAUGAUGCCAAGAGUCAGUCCCACGUAAAGAAAAUCUAAUGGAUUUUAAAACAAAACUAAAUGUGAAUUAAAUGUAUUUUUUAGAGGUUUAACGUUUUUGCAAUUUAAAUAAGUGUUGUGGUUUCAAAUCAGGUAGUCAGUUAGCCAAGUGACUCCCGUCAAGCAUACAAAGUAAUCUAUAUAUACAAAACCGAUAUAUUGAUAAAGAUAUAUAUAUAUAUAGUAAACCACUAGUCAGCGAAGUUGUACGAAGACGUAAAAACAUACAAACAAAAUGGGAGAAAAAACAAAUCAAAAUCUUAUUAUAUUCUAUGUGUAAAUACUAUUAGCAAGCAAAUUGUCCUUUGUUUAAGUUUGUAUUUUAGUAACAAAUUACGUUAAGUUGGUUGGUUAGCUCGUGAAAAAAAAACAAAAAAACUUGAAAAAAUCCAAAAACUUCUAUUCAAAAAGUGCACCAUGUUUCAUUCUCGAAAUGCGGUCCUAUAGUUAUUAUUAUUAUAAUUAUUACUACUGUCUAACACCUAAGUUCAUGGUUUCUUUGUGUUUUCGUUGUUCAACAAGUUAAAUGCAAUUUCUAAACCCUUCUGUACCCCAUUUCCCAUUCGAAGCCCUCGAUAUUUUGAGAGGAUCUUUGGAAAUAAUUCUGUUUUGAAAGCUAAGCUUCGUUGCGGCUAAACUAAAAGUUGAUAGCACAAAGAUUAUUAAUGUUUUAUGACUCUUAUUAAUGUGUACGAUUACUUUUACUGUACGGUACUGUUAAUAUAAAACUACGUUACUGUUUAAUAUAUUUUAUAAAUGUAUACAGAUGUAAUAAAAAAUUCAAACUGAAAA